CCGGGCCAUUAUCACUAGAGAAUGAAUUGUGAAAAGUUGAGCCCAAAAAUGGGAGAAAAAGAAGUCUAAAAAUGUUUUUUGUUUUGUUUUUUUGUUAGUUAAUAAAUGAUUCUUGGAUCUAUCUCAACUCCAAAAGCUAGCUCACGAGGGGAGGAUGAUCAAGUCCAUAUAUUGUAUUGUGGGAGAAUUCAACACGGUACAAUUCAACUUUUCAAAAUCAAAUCUGAGCGAAAACAUUUGGAAUGUAGGGAAAUAAAUAGAAAAAAAAAAAAAAAAAAAAACUGGCCUGACCAUAAAUCGGGAGAAAAAAAAGGAGCUACACCAUUCCUGUAAAUUGGCAACACUUUAGAGGGCAUAUCUGGAAAUGAAAAAAUCUCCCUUUGCCGCCAAUCGCUACUUUGUUCCAUGCACAAAACAACUCCCAGUCUCAGUUCCCACUAAGCUGUUGCAACAACAAUCUCUCUCAAUCAACAAACAAAACAUAACCGUCUCUCUCUAGACCAAUGGCUGACCUACACGUACUCCUCUUUAUGUCCCUUCUUCUCCUACUCACCGCCGGCACACUUCAAGCACAACCAGAACAACUACCGUCGUCUUCAUCAACCGGCUGUGCAGACGAACUUGUAGCGUUUUCUCCAUGUCUUCCUUACAUUUCUGAGUCGCCUAACAAUAUCUCCGAUACGCCUCCCAUUCAGUGUUGCGAUAACUUCGCGAAGGCUUUUGAUGAUAAUACUGCGAUUUGUCUUUGUUACCUUGUUCAUAACCCUCAGAUUCUUGGAUUUCCUAUUAAUAUCCCCAAGCUGUUGUCGCUAACUUCUGUUUGUCCUGUUAAGGAGAAACAAGGCCAGGAGAAAUUUUCUCUCGACUCUCUCUGUUCAGGACCAACUAUGCUGCCUCCUUUUCGAACGGUAACAGAUCACAGGGAUUCAAGUUCAGGUCCGAGGAGUCCUAGCCCUGGCCCUAGCCCAAGUCGUAAACGUAGACCUACCCCACCACGCAAUCCACCCCCAGAAAAAUUGAAUUAUCACUUUAUUGCAGGUCAUCGUGAUCACCCUUCACCACCCUCCGAUGUUGAUGUUGAUAAUCCUUUCCCUGCUGCUCAGGCCUCACCACCCUGUACCUGUUCAUCAGCCAUAGGAAUGAUGUGCAAUUAUCGUCUAUGGGUUUUUUCUGCAAUGUCUAUUUUCCUACUUCUCUCUUGCAAGCACGCAACUUAGGUAAUACUGUAUCUUUCAUGGCUUCACAAACAGACAGUUCCACUGGAAGCUAUUAAGUCAAAAUCAGAGUUCUGUGGAUAGAUGUAAAACUACUGGCAAAAGAAUUCUUUGUUAAAUUCCUGUACUGGUUUGACAUGCACUGCUUCAGUAUCUGAUGUACACAUAAUCUUCUUAGCCUAUGAUUGAAAAGCGAUGCCAGGUGCAAUUUGAGUAAUUGGGGAGUCAUUUAUAGCAGCAAGUAGACCA